AUUUUCCAAGCUAUCUUUCGAUGUAACAUAGUUACGAAGUAGGAUGCUAAGCAUGUCUGAGUUGGAAACUACAAUGGAAUGGAAGAAUUUGAGUUUCGGUAUUGUUUUCAAGGUUAAGCGCAAGGAUUGAGCGAUCUGGGUUUUCAAAUUGACCUUGUUGUAGUCUUCCCUAGCCUGUGUUGGAGAUACCCCACAUGGGUUGGUGGAGUCAGAUACUUUAAAGCUUCCACCUUGUGAAGCUUUCUAUUAGAAGUGAAUAAGUUGAGGAGAAAAAAGUGAGGCAGUGUAUUUGGGUCUCUAGAAAGAACACUCAAUGCGUGCUCCAGUUCUCUCUCAAGCUUUCUUCACUUUCAGAACUUAUCGUGUCUGGCUUUGGCCAUCAUAAAAGUCAAGUUUCACGAAAAUACACAUGGAUUCAUCACAAAGCACAGCUCUGGGGGGAAAUGGUGGAAGUGGUGGAAAUGGGACAUUGAUUUCUCAAACUAAUGAUAUGACAGCUUCUGCAGCAGGAGCUGAUGAUUCUAUGCAGAAGCUGAACCAGGUCAGCAACUCAAUUCAGAAAACCUUGGGCCUUAUUCAUCAGCUUUACCUCACAGUUUCUACCUUCAAUGCUGCCUUUCAAAUGCCUCUACUCCAGCGCAUUAAUGGCCUUGUUGUAGAACUUGACAACAUGGUUAAAUUGGCAGAGAAAUGCAACAUUCAGGUUCCCAUGGAGGUUGUUAAUCUAAUUGAUGAUGGAAAGAAUCCAGAUGAAUUUACCAAAGAUGUUAUAAACAGCUGUAUUGCAAAGAAUCAGAUUACCAAAGGAAAAACUGAUGCCUUAAAGAGUUUGCGCAAACAUCUUUUAGAGGAAUUGGAGCAGAACUUUCCUGAUGAGGUUGAAACUUUUAGAGAGAGUCGUGCUGCCGCAGCUGCUGAGUUGAAACGUCUGGCACAAGCUCAAAGUGCACUACCAAAUGGAGAUGUGAGGGUUAAAUCAGAGCAUUGAGUGAUAUGUUUCUUGUGCCUUUGCUUGUCUGUAAAUGGAACUCAAUAUUUCUGUUUCUUUUCCUAUGUUAUACGUAUGCAUUGUAUAGUGAAGUUCAUCUCUGCUUCCCUUUUGUCUGCUUCUUUGUUAAAUGUUGUAAAUCUGAUCACUUUUGCUUACGGUUAGUUAAUUGAAUAUUAUUGCUGUCUUUUGAGUU